AUGACGCUGAUGAACUGGUGAAAACAAUCAACACAAAGAAAAAUGGAAAAGCUGUGGUUGUUGGUGGAGGAUAUAGCCUUUUCUCAAGAGUUGUGAACAUAUUUCUCAAGCAGCGGAAGCCGAAGUAUUCGAGGAAUCGCUAUCAUGCCGUCGCAGACACCCAAGCUGGAUGGAGAUGGGAGCAAGUUACUACUUCAUGGGGCGCAAGUUCGAUCAUGGAAAACCGAAAAGG